AUGCCUCUGGCCAACGGGACGGCGAAGGAAGUUCGAGUCAGCCUCCUCGGGAAAGAGAGCAUCAUCAUCAAUUUCGGGUUGUGGCGGGACUAUGUCGCCCCUGAUCUGCUGUCGAACUUGGAGUCAUCGACGUAUGUUUUGAUUACCGACACUAACCUGGGAUCGCUCUACACCCAAUCCUUUCGAGAGGCCUUUGAAAAUGCAGCCCGUCAAACGGGGAAAUCGGCACGGUUGUUGAUCCAUCAGAUCCCACCUGGAGAGAGCUCAAAAUCUCGACAGACAAAGGACGACAUUGAAGACUGGCUGCUCAGUCAGAGUCCGCCAUGUGGUCGAGACACGGUUAUUAUUGCCCUGGGGGGUGGCGUUGUGGGCGACCUUACGGGCUUUGUUGCCGCCACUUAUAUGCGCGGAGUGAGAUUUGUCCAGGUCCCAACGACACUACUCGCAAUGGUCGACUCUUCGAUCGGUGGUAAAACUGCGAUCGACACACCUCUCGGCAAAAACCUUGUCGGUGCCAUCUGGCAGCCCCAGAGGAUAUACAUCGACCUCGACUUUCUCGGGACUCUGCCUCGACGAGAGCUGAUAAAUGGAAUGGCCGAGGUCAUCAAGACCGCUGCGAUCUCAGAUGAAGCAGAAUUCAUCGAGCUGGAGCGUCAUGCUGACCGAAUCAUGGCCGCCGUGAAUGCCGAUAUCAGCCAAGGGGCUGCUAGGUUCAAGGACGUAGAGGCAACCAUGAUCAGGAUCAUUUCUGCCUCGGCCAAGUUCAAAGCCCACGUCGUCACCAUCGACGAGAGAGAGACCGGUCUGCGAAAUUUGUUGAAUUUUGGACACUCGAUCGGCCACGCCAUGGAGGCUUUCCUGACUCCUCAAGUGCUACACGGUGAAUGCGUCGCGAUCGGCAUGAUCAAGGAGGCCGAGCUUGCUCGCUACUUGGGUGUGCUCAGUGGAGUUGCGGUCGGCCGUCUGCAAAAGUGUCUGACAACGUACGGUUUGCCAAUUCGACUGGACGAUGAAAAGGUGCGCAAGCUGUCUGGAGGUAAGGUCUGUACAGUCGACGGUAUGCUCAAGAAGAUGGGCGUCGACAAGAAGAACGAUGGUGCCAAGAAGAAGGUGGUCCUUCUCUCAGCAAUAGGUCGCACUUACGAACAAAAAGCCAGUGUUGUCUCAGACUCUGACCUGCGUGUUGUUCUUUCACCAAGUAUCGAGGUGGUCCCUGGUGUACCCAAAGACUUGAAUGUUGUCUGCACGCCACCGGGCUCGAAGAGCAUCUCCAACAGAGCACUUGUCCUUGCCGCUCUGGGUCACGGAACAUGCCGUAUCAAAAAUUUGUUGACUUCAGCAGACACAGAAGUGAUGCUGGAAGCAUUGACUCGGCUCGGGGCUGCUACAUUCUCCUGGGAAGAAGACGGAGAAGUUCUCGUGGUGAACGGGAACGGUGGUCGACUUGAGGCCACCCAACACGAGCUCUAUCUGGGCAACGCUGGGACGGCCGCCAGAUUCUUGACGUCUGUCGCAACCUUGACCCGGCAAAGCCAUGUGGCAUCUACAGUUCUCACUGGCAAUGCCCGAAUGAAGCAGAGACCCAUCGGAGACCUUGUAGAUGCACUAAGGCAAAACGGCGCCGGCAUCGAAUACAUGGAGAACGCUGGGAGUCUUCCACUGAAUAUUGCAGCCUCGGCUGGUUUCAACGGCGGCGAAAUCAAACUGGCAGCAAAGGUUUCGUCACAAUACGUCUCUUCUCUGUUAAUGUGUGCUCCUUAUGCAAAGAAUCCUGUUACACUCAGGCUCGUGGGCGGAAAGCCGGUUUCGCAGCCCUACAUUGACAUGACUAUUGCGAUGAUGGCCUCCUUCGGCGUUUCUGUGCAAAAGUCGAAGACAGAAGACCACACAUAUCAUAUCCCGCAAGGCGUUUACAAGAACCCAGACGAAUACGUGGUCGAAAGCGAUGCAAGUUCUGCGACGUAUCCACUUGCAAUUGCCGCGAUAACAGGAACAACAUGCACGAUCCCCAACAUCGGCUCGGCAUCUCUCCAAGGCGAUUCGGCAUUUGCUACCGACGUGCUGAGGCCCAUGGGGUGUGAAGUAAAACAGACGCCUUCUUCAACCACCGUGACUGGUCCCCGUGACGGCAGACUUACACCACUCACGAACAUCGACAUGGAGCCCAUGACCGAUGCUUUCUUGACUGCUUCUGUUCUGGCUGCUGUGGCUCAGGGCGGCAAGUCCAACACAACACGCAUCUAUGGCAUUGCAAACCAAAGGGUGAAAGAGUGCAACCGCAUUCAGGCGAUGGAGGAUGAGUUGGCAAAGUUUGGUGUUACAUGUCGACAAUUUGACGACGGUAUCGAAGUCGACGGGAUCGAUCGUACCAGAUUAAGACGUCCGGAAGGAGGCGUCUAUUGCUACGACGACCAUCGAGUCGCCAUGAGCUUUAGUGUUCUCGCGCUGGCGGCCCCUCAGCCCACCCUUAUUCUCGAGAAAGAAUGCACAGGCAAAACUUGGCCUGGAUGGUGGGACACUUUGGCACGACAAUUUAAUGUCAAGCUUGAAGGUGUCGAGCUACAAGAGAACAGCGAACAUGCCAGAGGGAAGAUAUUGGACAGAAGUGCAGCCUCGAUUUUCAUCAUCGGCAUGAGAGGUGCUGGCAAGACCACCUCCGGGCGCUGGGCAGCAAGAUCACUCGGCAAGAAAUUGGUUGAUUUGGACACCGAACUGGAGAAACGUGAAGGCAAGUCGAUCCCGGAGAUUAUCAAGGGACACGGCUGGGAACAUUUCCGUCAACGUGAGUUGGAGCUCCUCAAAUCCGUCAUGAAGGAGAUGCCAAACGACUACGUCUUUGCCUGCGGAGGCGGCAUCGUGGAAACUCAAGAAUCGCGCAAUCUGUUAAUUGAAUGGCGCGAGAAGAAAGGCCACGUUCUCUUGGUACAACGGGACAUUGGCGAAGUGAUGGGCUUUCUACAGGUCGACAAAACAAGACCAGCAUACGUCGAAGACAUGAUGGGCGUCUGGCUGCGCCGGAAACCCUGGUACGAGCAAUGCAGCAAUCUGUUGUAUUACAGCCAAAGCAUCCCCAACGAGCAAAUGUCCGAAGCCGCCGAAGAUUUCGAUCGCUUUUUGCAGAUGGUCACUGGCAAAGUCGACGUUCUAUCCCAGUUCAAACGAAAACCAGAGACAUUCUUUGCAGCCCUGACCUUCCCGGACUUGCGGCCUCAUUUGAAACUCCUCCCUGAAGUCUGUCUCGGGUCUGAUGCAGUAGAACUGCGCGUUGACUUGCUGAAAGAUCCCAACUCAGACAGCGCUAUUCCCUCCGCCGAAUAUGUGACUGCUCAACUCUCCUUGCUUCGCGCAGCAGUUCCACUUCCCGUUGUGUUCACCAUCCGCACGAAAUCCCAAGGUGGAAGAUUCCCCGAUGAUGCCCAUGCAGAGUAUCUACACCUGUGUACUCUCGCUAUCCGUAUGGGCAGUGAAUUCUUGGACUUGGAAGUGGCAUCGUUCCCGGAGUCUAUCCUCUCUCCGAUUUUCAACUUCAAGAACAAGUCUAGCACGCGAAUCAUUGCUUCCCAUCAUGACCCACAGGGGACGUUAUCAUGGUCGAAGCCCGGUUCUUGGAUCGCCGUUUACAACAAAUGCCUGCAGUACGGGGACAUCGUCAAACUGAUCGGGAUCGCCGAUAACCUGGACGACAACUUCGCCCUGCGGCGCUUCAAGCAGUGGUCGAAAUCCCAGCACCCGGACCUGCCUCUGAUAGCGAUAAACAUGGGCCGCACAGGACAGAUUUCGCGGAUCCUGAACGGAUUCAUGACGCCGGUCUCUCACCCAGCGCUCCCGUUCAAAGCGGCACCGGGUCAACUCUCAGCGAGCGAAAUUCGGCAAGGACUGACCCUGGUAGGCGAGAUUGUACCCAAGAAAUUCUACCUGUUCGGAUCACCGAUUGGCGCGAGUAAAUCGCCGGCAUUGCACAACACUCUGUUCAAGGAGACUGGACUGCCACACGUCUACUCAUUGUGUGAGACCACCGACUUGGCGGUGAUCAAGGAAAAGAUCCGGGCCGAAGACUUUGGAGGAGCGAGUGUGACCAUCCCCCUCAAGUUGGAUGUCAUGCCUCUUCUGGACGACGUGGAUGCAUCUGCUCGUCUCAUCGGGGCAGUGAACACCAUUGUGCCCGUCCACAACCCGGUCUCGGGCAAGAACACGCUGGUCGGAUACAACACAGACUAUCUGGGUAUGAUGGAUUGCCUGCGCGCAGCGGGCGCCUCUGCCGCGCUAGGUGAAGGUGAGCAGUCCGGCCUCGUCGUGGGUGGAGGCGGCACAGCGCGCGCGGCGAUCCACACACUGCACGCGAUGGGGUACAAGCCGAUCUACCUGAUCGGGAGGAACCAGAGCAAGAUGGUAGAGCUGGCCAAGACGUUCCCGCCGACGUAUGACCUCGUGUUACUUGACACUGGCGCUGCGGCCGGGAAAACAACAAAACCGACGACGCUGGAGCAGCAGAUGCCGACCGUGCCUGUCGUCGCGAUCGCCACCAUCCCCGCCGACAAACCCGUCGACCCGGCCCUGGCGUCAACGCUGCAAAGUAUCUUUUCGCGGUCCGCGCAACUCGCGACCUCGACCGCGCCACAGGGCCAAGGCACCUCGGCCCCGACGCGCACGCUGCUCGAGCUCGCGUACAAGCCCGCUCACACGGCCGUGAUGCAGAUGGCCGAACAGGUCGGCGGGUGGAAGACGGUGCAGGGCCUCGAGACCCUGGUCACGCAGGGCCUGUGGCAGUUUGAGUUCUGGACGGGGAUCCGGGUGAGGGGGCUGGGAGGGAGGAUUAGUCGGGUGAGUUUAUCUAAAGGAUUUCGUUAUUACUAG